GGUUUCAAUUUAGCGACAGCGACAACUGCAAGCCUGCUGCCAGAGAGAAAUUGUUAUUGUAUGAAUGAAAGAAAUUGAAAAAAGUUAAAUAUUGAUUUAAAGUUAUUUUUGCACUAUUUAAUAUAAAAUAAAUGUGUAGAAAUGAAUUAGUGAAGUGUUAAUGGAUAUACAUAUAUAUUAAAUAUAUAAGUGUAAUCGAAGAAAUAUCAGCGGCAGUUAAAUGUAUAAAUUUUCUUAAUCUGGAGAACCUCUAUCCGUACAUACCAAUACCCGAAUCCGGGGGACGCUAUUCUAAAAUUUACACAACCAUUUUAUAUCUCAUUGUAGAGAUAUAUAAUAUCUUCAUCAAUAUAUUUCUGUAUUUUGAUUCUUUAUAUUUUAUUGCAACCCCAUUGAUAAAAAAUAUUAAAAUAUAAAUAUUUAAAACAUGUGGCCACACGACUCUCCAGUUAUUAACAUCUGAUUGUUUGUCAAAAUAUUCUUUGUAGGGCUACAAUUGUUUUUGAAAGAAAAUUACGUAAAAUUCAUUUACAAUGUCGGUUCUCAAAUCCCAAUAUUACGACCAUCCUGAUGGAGAGGAUGCAUUUGGAAAAAUAGUGGCCACAAAUAAAUAUGCUAUUGGCACCGGCCUUGCUUGGUCAACUAUUGAUGUAUUAAUGUUAUCCAAACCACAAGGAUACCUACCAACAUUAGCGCGAUUUGCAUACAACACAGGGCCAAUGAUGGGCAUGGCAACUGCGUUCACAUUGACAACUUUAGUUUCGACGAAUGUACGCGGCAAGGAUGACAAAUUAAAUUAUGUUAUUGGCGGUUUUGCCGCUGGUGCAGUAUACGGUGCAUGGAGACGGAAUCAUGUUGCCGGCCUCGUUGCUGGUCUUUUCUUUGGUAUAGCAGGUGCUGUAAAAAAACUAUCGAAGGAAGAAGGAUGGGAAUUUUUUCCACCAAUCAAGCAUCAGCAAGGUUCUUUAAAUGGUGUUCUUCAUGACUUUACUCUGAUGAAAGACCCUGCCAAACGUACCACUGAAAAUUAAAAAUGAAGAUAUAUGUAUGCUAAAGAAAUAUUAUAAACAAAAAACGUUUGCUUUUAAAUCUUGUAAAAUUACACAAUUAAGUGUAUUAAGAGAAGCAAAUUAGAAACGAAUACUUACUAAUAGCCUGUUAGUGAAUCCUUAAAUCUUUAUUUUUAAAA